UGACAACUAUUAUUAAUAAUAAUGUGUGAAGACAAAAAACAAAGGGAAGAAAUGAAAUUAACCACCAUAGGUUAAAGCUGAGGAUGCAAUUACCCUUAUUAUUAUUAGUAGUACAAACUGAAAAUAGCACAGCUGGGACUUCCAACGGUCCAAUUUAUUACGCAUCUCGAUGCUUUCUCCAAGGUACCAUCGUCAUGCAUAAUUAGAAAUGGAUUUUAUCAAAUACACCUGAGUUCCAUCACUUACGAUGGACCUCAUCUGAUCCAACUCCUUGAGGACUCAAUUCUGGCAAUGUGUAAGCCGUGGAACACGUGGACGGAUGGUAGGGAGGGAGAACCGGCAUGCGUGAUGAGGUUGGGGAGUACGGUGGAAUUUUGGGGGACGGGGAGGACAGUCGUGAAAACGGUCGAGUUUGUGGGUCCGCAAGUCGCGCUGUUGAAGAAAGACUAGGAAUAGGAGCCGUUAGAUUUGGAUAUGUCCACUCCAAAGUAGUCACGUUGAUGCGUGGGACCCAUCAGUUUCCGGCGCCUACAACUCCGAUCGUGACCUUCUUUCCUUUUCCCACUCGUUUUUCCACUAUCUCCACUCUCUCGUGUCUCUCUCAAUCCAGUAUUUAUAUCUAUAGACGAAUACAGAGAUCAUCCCCCGGGUCGCUCUCUCCUUCUCUGUCUCAUUUUCAUGCUCUGUUUUUCUAGAACUAGAGCAUGGCAAUCCUCAUCUUCGCAUUUCUCUUUCUACUAUCAUUCUCUUCACCUUCAGAGGGAGGUGGUUCAGUUGCAGUCAACUAUGGGCGCAUUGCGAAUGAUCUCCCACAACCAGCCCAAGUGGUGGAGCUUCUCAAGGCACAAGGGAUCAAUAAAGUGAAACUUUUCGACGCCGACUCUACGGUCCUCACUGCUCUCGCUAACUCCGGCGUAAGCGUCGUCGUUGCACUUCCUAAUGAACUCCUCUCCUCAGCCGCGGCCACAGAUGGAUCCUUCUCCGAAAAAUGGGUCCAAACUAACAUCGCCCAGUAUCACCCCAGCACUCAAAUCGAAGCCAUUGCCGUUGGCAACGAAGUCUUCGUCGACCCCAAUAACACAACUCAGUUCUUGGUGCCUGCCAUGAACAAUGUUUACAAAUCACUCGUGAAACACAACCUCUCAUCCAUCAAAAUCUCUUCUCCUGUAGCGCUCAGUGCUCUGAAUUCUUCUUACCCACCCUCAGCUGGGGUGUUCAAGCCUGAGUUAAUUGAAACGGUGAUGAAGCCCAUGUUGGAAUUUCUCCGCAAGACCUCAUCGUAUCUCAUGGUUAAUGCGUACCCGUUCUUCGCUUACUCUGCCAACUCCGACGUUAUUUCCCUCGACUACGCUCUCUUCAGGGCCGUGAACGCCAACGUGACCGAUCCUGGUAACGGGUUGAGCUACUCCAGCCUCUUCGAAGCCCAACUCGACGCCGUUUAUGCAGCCAUGUCCAAUAUCCAAUACAACGACGUUCCGGUGGUGGUGACCGAGACUGGCUGGCCUUCCAAGGGCGACGAGAACGAAAUCGGAGCCAGCACAGACAACGCCGCCGCCUACAACGGCAAUCUCAUCAAACGAGUGCUCACCGGCGGUGGCACUCCGUUGCGGCCAAACGAACCACUCAACGUUUACCUGUUUGCGCUGUUCAACGAGAACCAAAAAACAGGUCCCACAUCGGAGAGAAACUAUGGCUUGUUCUAUCCGAACAAAGAGAAGGUUUAUAAUAUUCCAUUAACCAUGGAGGCUUUGAAGGCUACUGGGUCAACGCCGAUUAACGGUAGCAAGGUUCAGGUGACUUCACCUCCAACGGCUUCCGAAGAAGUAACCACUGCAGCGGUGGGGCAAACGUGGUGCGUGGCGAACGGCGAGGCUGGGGCAGAGAAGUUGCAGGCGGGGCUUGACUACGCUUGCGGAGAGGGCGGGGCUGACUGCCGUCCAAUUCAGGAAGGCUCCACGUGUUAUAAUCCUAACACCCUCGAGGCACACGCUUCGUAUGCCUUCAACAGCUACUAUCAGAAGAACACACGUGGCGCUGGGACGUGUAAUUUUGGUGGUGCGGCACACGUGGUCACGCAAACUCCAAAAUUUGGGAAUUGUGAGUUCCCAACAGGGUACUGAGUUUGGCGAAAUUGAGUUUGGAGGGGAGGCUUUAGGCCUUUUUUUUAUUUUUUAUUUUUAUUUUUUUAAUUACUAGUAUAUUUUAUUGGAGCAGCAUUAGGAUAAUAUUUUUUUAUAUGUAUUUAUGAUUAAUUCUAUUGUGGGUAGAUACGGUGGAUUGUCAGCUAGUUGACUGUUGCGUCUUGUAAUUAAAGGUCUGAUGGGUAUUUCUUUAUAUCAUAUUAUAUUAUAUGGUUCUCCUAA